AUUGGCCAUUUGAAUGAGAGGGGUUGGUCUCUCUCACUACCUCCACCGAGAAGCAGAGAGUGAGCAGCACACGUCAGAGGCUGGAAGAACCAUGUUGGGACGUGAGACGGACCAGGACUCGAGUUGCACACACAUACACCUUCCAGGACAGUGAGAACCAGCAGGAUGAAGACGGCAGCAUAGAGUGAAGACAUCAGAGCGGGAGAGGCUGAGUGGUGGGUGAUGAAGACAGAGAGAAAAAGAUGUGUGACUGAGCUGCAGUUUCCCCACCUGUCAGAGAAGUUUGAAUGAGUGCUGCUCUCAUGGCGGGACCGACCACACAGGAGCCCUUGAAGACCCAACAGAAGUGCAUUGCCAUCUUUGCCCUUCUCUGCUGCUGUGCUGUUCUGGUGGUGCUAUUUUUUUCUUCAGUGGACAUAUGGGGGGACGAUGAGGACGGUAUCACAGAGGAAAACUGUGGCAGAGACUGCAGCAUCGUGCUCACAGAGAAUAUUCCAGACGACCUCUCUCUCCCCACGAAUGGCAAACUCCACCUCCCUCUCUCUGUUGGCUUUCAUACAUUGUUGGACCAGGCAAGGCACUCAGUUGAGGUUGUGUCACCUGUCUGGGCCUUAAAUCCCUGGGUCCUGGAAACAACGCCAAGCACUGCCAAACAGGGUCAGCUGUUGUUCCAGCGACUGCUCAGCCUAAAAUCUCGUGGGGUUAAAUUGAAGAUUGCCAGCAGUCUGAUUAACUCCGCUGAACUGAAGACCUUGGCAGCACAUAAUGCAGAGAUUCAUUUUGUUAAUAUGACAGCUCUUACCAGAGGAGGACUACAUUCCUCAUUCUGGAUAGUGGAUCGGAAGCACAUUUACAUCGGGAGCGCUGACAUGGACUGGAGGUCACUCUCCAAGAGAAAAGAACUGGGGGUGGUGGUGUAUAACUGCAGCUGUCUGGCUCUGGACCUCCACCGAGUCUUUUCAUUUUACCGGCAGCUCCACGAGAGGGACUACAUCCCCUCCAUCUGGUCGAAGAGAGUUACAGCCCUCUACGGGAGGCAUGACGCCCUGGAGCUUCAAUUCAACGCCACAGAAGCCGCUGCUUAUGUGUCUACUUCUCCUGAAAUCUUCUGCGCUAAAGCUCGCACCAGAGAUGUAGAUGCCAUCUAUCAAGUCAUCCAGAGUGCAAAGACAUUUAUUUUCAUAUCUGUGACGGACUACCUCCCUCUGGUGAGCAGGAGUUUCAGAGGAACCUUGGUCACAAGGUACUGGUCACCUAUCGAUGAGGUGAUCAGAGAGGCUGUGGUGUUGAGAGGAGUCAGAGUUCGCCUGCUGAUAAGCUUCUGGAAGAAGACUCACCCCCUCACCUUUAACUUUGUCACCUCCCUCAAGUCGCUCUGCAUGCAGCUACGCAACUGUUCAUUGGAGGUGAGGUUUUUUAGUCACAAGGAGCAAGACGAUAAUCAACAUGGGCUCAACCACAACAAGUACAUGGUGACCGAUAAUGCUCUUUACAUUGGUAACCAUGACUGGGUCGGAAGUGACUUUGCUGUUAAUUCAGGAGUUGGGCUGGUGGUCAAGAUUAAAAAUAGUCUUAAAGAUAGGGGAGUGACAAUCCUGGAACACGUCAAGGCUGCUUUUGAGAGAGACUGGAGGUCCCAUUACGCUAAGAGCCUACAAGGAAACAAAGGUCAACAGGGCAAAUACAGAAACCUGCAACAAGCCAAAGUUCACAUGGAGUCUAAGGAGGAGAAGGAGUGGAACAACCCUUUAUAAGCACAUAAUGUCUUUCUAUAUCCUAAAGCCUCGUGAGGCUGAAAACUGUAGAGUUUACAACACAUGUAUGCAAUGUAAGCAUCUGACUAAAGCUAAUAGACUUUAAUUUUGUGACAUGAUUUUAAUAGAUUCAGGUACAGUCAACAAAGACAAUAAUACUUUGACUCACUACAGCUGCAAGUUACAGUAAUGGUAACUAUUUAAUUCAAUAUUGACUGUUAUAUGAGCAUGCAAUGAUGCAUGCAUAUUGAAAAGCAAUAUUCAAAUUCAAACUAUAUGCUAGAAAAAGCAAUGUGCUGAUUAUAAAAUCAAUAUGCUCUCUAUGUUAAACAUGUUCAAAUCCAUAAACAUAUCCCAUCAAACUUUUUAAAUCACAUUUAGUAUUUAAUGAUGAUGUACUAUUUGUUUAGUUUAAAUUUGUAUUUUUUUUUAUAAACUUUCAAUGCUUUUUUGCAUAGCAUUAAGGGCUUUAUGUAUAUUGCUCCUUGAUUGUAACAAAUUCAGUUCCUUGAAUGCACAAGCUCAUGAAGUAUUUUUACAGAUGUGUCAACAGCUGUUUAUCAUCUCAUUGAAAAUGUCAUCUGUACUUAUAAAAUGUGUCUUUUUCCUAA